AGAACUACCAUGGAUUGAGGAGGGGUGACAUGCUGGAGGUUUGCUGUACUGUUUCUUCCUAAUCGUUAUAAUACGUGGAGUGCGAUCACUUAGUUCGAAUCCCAACCGCAAUGCUCGACAACGCUUCGCCCGCUGGCAUCCGGGUGAACACGACCGUUCUUGCGUUCACACUCGUUGCUGGAACCGUUGUCUUUCUGCGAUUGUUCACCAGGUUGAUAUUGACGAAGGGAGCUGGCUUUGAGGAUGUCUGCAUUGCUAUUGCUAUGGCGUUAUCAAUUGCCCUUGCUGUAGUGACUUCGGAGGAGGUCAUGCACGGUCUUGGGAAACAUGCAUAUGACCUCUCUGCUGACGAUGUCACCAUUACGUUGAAGAUGUUAUGGGCCAGCUUCUGGAUUUACAAUCUCGCACUCACUACGACCAAAGUAUCCAUCGUCGUUCAGUACAUUCGAAUCUUCCCUCCACGCCACUUUCGUUGCGCAUGCUAUGCUAUGCUGUGCAUUGUCACUGCAUGUGGCGCCUGGGGCAUAUUUGGUAAUGUCUUUCUAUGCUACCCUAUCAACUUCUUCUGGGACAAGUCUGUGAAAGAUGGACGCUGUAUGAACGAUUACAUUAUCUUGUUCACUACAGCGGGCUUGAACAUCGGGCAAGAUGCCAUUGUUCUGUUACUUCCCAUCCGAGUCAUUCGGAGUCUUCAAAUCAGCAGGAGCCAGAAGAAGGGGCUGAUCACCAUGUUCGCUCUUGGCGCCAGUGUCAUGGUAGUCUCAACAGUUCGAUUAUACUCUCUGGACAACCUAGCAAACUCCAACGACCAGAUCUUCGACAACUCCGACCAAGCCACCCUCUCCGCCGUCGAAGUCAACGUCGGCAUAAUCUGCGCCUGCCUCCCAGCAAUGCGCCCGCUCUUUGCCGUAAUGAUGCCUAAAUACUUUUCCUCCGCACCCGCAUACACCACAGUCCUCGAGCACGACAUCGAGCGCCCCAAGGACAUCCGCGCCCUCUCCGUCAGCACGCGAGUCGACACGCCAACCCAGUCCAUCCGACCAGUCCACUCUCGUGCCGGCAGUCAGCUACCCAUUGAUACGCGCCCACGCACCUCCGGCCAGGCUAGCCAACGCACACAGUCGAGAAGUGGGAGUGUGGCGCACUCCCGCAGCAGGAACAACCUCUCUGUCACCAUCCCCGAGCGCUCCACCACAACCACUGGUCCGUUUCAAGGCAAGGCACUGAAUCCGCUGCGCAUGUCCCCUGUGACGCCGUUUGCACCGCCAAUCUCCCUGCAUCUUAGUCGUCUUUCGGAAGACGAUACGAGUACCCUCCCGCCUGGUGCUUACAGUCGGCGACCGAGCGAAGCGAGUAUCAACCUCACGAAACUGCCGACGAGUAGAAGGCCGUCUAGGACGCCGGUUAGUACGAAGCCGUUGCCGUUGACGCCGUUUCCGGUGGGCAGUGGGGAUUGGACAAAGUCGUUUACUGCAAUUCCAAGGCCGGCGGAGGCGCAGAAGGCGGAUGAGGCGUGACUAUUGAGUAUGUACGAGAAGUACGGGUAUGUUCGGUCGAACAAGUCUGCGAAAUCUGCGAGGUCCUCGCGCUGAGCUGCUAUGCAUCGCAGCAGACGAGCGCAAGCCGACACCUCGUGUACAGUCACAGGGUAGCUGUGAGGUGUACUAUCAGUACCCUUCGCCGUCACGACACAUGUCAACGGCACCUGAAGGGCAAAUCAAGCGGCACACAUACGAAGCAUUGCGGUAAACCACGCCCGGAACAGUUAUCGACCACCAACCGGUAACACGAGUAAAACUCUCAAAAGUACUGUGUCGAUGCAACCUGGCUUUCACCAGCGACGCCUCACGUCGAACAACACCUCGCCUCUUAAAUCCCAUCUCUACC